GACGGUGUGCUAUGCGUAAAACUGUUCAAAAUUUGAACUUUUGACCGCGACGGAUUGGUUGGUGUCAAACAAUCCUUUUUUCGCCUCGGUGUAUAUAAAAACAUAUUUAAAUAGUGCUGUGUGUGUCUGAAGCUUUAUUGAUACUGCCGCACAGGUUCAAUAACAUUACAAAGUGACCUGAUUGAAGUCGAAGCCAAAGCUAUCAACAUAAUAUUGUCUGGUCGAAAAUGCCAGACCAUACCAUUUACUUGAUUGGAUACAAUCGGAUACAGGGACAAAUUAUUACACGAUAGAUACAAGCAACAAUUAAGCAGGAAUGUCUUAUGCUUUAGCCUAUUAUGUAACAGGCCCGUCCUGGUAAUACGUCAUUUUUACAUCAACCAGCAGAGAGCGGCAGAGCCACAUAGUAUGUAGGCAACCGGUAUGCCCAUUAUUAGUCUUAUGAUCAGUCCGGCUACACACAGCCUACAGUAAAGUUUCACGAUUGGGUGGCUUUGCAUGGGUAACCUAUAAACUAGCUAGCCUAAUAGGCAGCAUAAUGGUGAGCAUAGGCAGUGGCAUAGCGCUGUUUCGCCGGGCCUCGGAAGGUACGAGCAAGACGAUGUGGUAGUUAAGAGUUCUGUGAGGAGAGAGGGGGUAUAUAUUCAGGUCCCCCUGGUACACAGGGAACUCAAGUCUUUGAGCCGGUCAAAAGGGCUCGAUCUUUGGCAAAGGGAGUGGGAUGCGAGUAGUCAAAGGAGGCAAUUGUAUUGCGUGCACUGGUCAGUAAAGGAAGAAGUGUGAUGUAGCAGUGAGGACGUUGUGUGGAAUAGACUAGGGUUUGGGCAACACAGGUUUGAAUGCCACGUUCUGGAUGGUAGGGUGACAUGAAACAGGUCUGUGUGAUGAGUGUUUAUCAGAGGAAAAGGUGGAGCAUGUGUUGACAUUUUGUGAACUGUGUGAUAGGGAGAGAUUAUGUGAAAGCGUUAGGGGUUUGUGUGGUGUAGUGAGAGGAGGAAAGGGUUGUCUAGGGCUCUAUUUCACUUCCUUAGAGGAACAGAAAUAAUGAAGAGAAUUUAAUGUAGGUAGGCUCCAGUACAGUAGGUGGUAGUGUAUGCGAUCCGCCAACCCAAUCCCAAAGAAGAAGAAGAGUGCGUUCGGCCAUUUCCGUCACUCCAGCCGGCGAUGUCACUCAAGAAAAAUCGUGGACUGAGAAAUUACGCAAAACAUGUCACUCACAACUGAGGCUACUGACAAUUCAUAAGUCUCACUUAAGCAGAGCCUUUGGAAUUUAGCUAGAGAUUGGUGCUGGAGGCUCUCUGAUGUUCAGCCAUGGACGAAGAGGACAGCCAGGAUGAGCUGAUCAACCGGAAUGCCACCCACGGAAAAGGGAAAAGGCCAGCAUUGUGGGCAAUCUCAGAUGAAGACUCAGAUGAUGGUGGGGAGGAAUCUGAGGAGGUAGCUUCUGACAGUGGUGAGGAGGAGGAAGAACACCUCGAUGGAGAGGAAGAUGAGGGAGAAGAGGAGGAUGAUAGUGAUGAUGAUGAAGAGGAGGAUGCUGUGAAGGAGGUGGAGGGUGCGGUGGGGGGAGUGUCUGCUGACUUGGCAGGUCUGAGCUCAGACGAGGACACCGAGAAAUGUCCCAUCUGCCUCAAUUCUUUCCACAGCCAGCCUGUGGCCACACCAGAGAGCUGCAAACACUACUUCUGCCUCGACUGCAUCCUUGAGUGGUCCAAGAAUGCAAACUCCUGUCCUGUGGACAGAAUAGUCUUCAAUAACAUCUACCUGAGAAAAUGUUACGGUGGGAAAGUGCAGAAAAUGAUCACAGUGCAGAAGCCAGUGAAGGAGGGCCAGGAGGAGGUGAUAGACCUGGAGCUAGAACAGACCAGCUGUGAGGUGUGUGGGGGGAGUGACCGUGAAGACCGACUGCUGCUCUGUGACGGCUGUGAUGCAGGGUACCACAUGGAGUGUCUGACCCCCCCGCUAGACGCUGUCCCUGUGGAGGAAUGGUUCUGCCCAGAGUGUCAAGCCAACAACCGCCAUUCAAGGGGUUCAGAGGAGCAGAGCGACGUGGAGAGUCUGAGCAGCGCCCGUCCCACAACCAGUCGCUCCCGCCCCCGCACAACGGGCCCCACCCGGGCCAUCGCCCGCACCCAGCAAAGCGAGAGGGUCCGCGCCAGUGUCAACCGCCACCGCAUCACCCAGGCACGCACUGCACAGGUUGCCCCCAGUUUUCUGAUGCCACAGUCCACCUGGCUGGAUGACACUAUCAACGCAGUAGUGGCAGGACUCAACACAGCCGUGUACAUACGGGACCUCACACCCCGUGCUCCAUCCAGCCGACGACGCAGGACAGUAAAGUGCAGGAAAGGCAAUAGUAAGAGGUCAUCGUCUGCCACGGGUGAGAAGGGCAAAUCUGCAGGCACUGGGGUGAAGAGGAGGAAACGGAGAGUGAGGAGGUCCAAGUCCAGAAGGAAAAUGGUGGUGAAGAAGGAGCCUACGUCUCGUGGUCGUAUAGCCCAUAACCUGGGGAUAGGGAAUCCCAAAUGGGGCUCAUCCCUUCCCUCUGUGUACCGGCCUACAGAAACCACUCUGGGCAGUAUGAGAGCUGACAUAGGAGCUGCUUCGCUCUCUGUCUAUGGAGACCCCUUUGACCUGGACCCCUUCACUGACAGGAAUGAAGAGGAGGAAGAGCAUGCCUCGGCCAUGACAUCACUGCUGGAGGCUAAGAGGCAUGGCUUAUCUCGCUCUGCCCUCCGCUCGCACCAGCCUGUGGCCCGACCAAUCACUGCUGGCCUCUCCAGGCGGGGCCCAAGCCUGCCCCAGGUGGCGGCGUUGGCCCCAGUGCCUGACCUUCUGGGCAGCAUCCUAUCAGGACAGAGCAUGCUGUUGAUGGACAGCUCAGAUGUGGUCAUCAACAGAGACGGAUCCCUCAAGGCUACCAAACCAGUGGGUGUGUCGUCUUUGUCCAGGCUGGGCAGCAGUAGGAGCAGCAGCUCUGGUGAAUCAGUAGCCCAGAACCACUCAGGGAUGUCCCCUAACCCAGCAGCAGUCAGCUCCCUCUCUCUCCCCACUAACGGAGACCUGGUGGUGGGACCCUCCUGUAGCCCCCUGAACAGGCCGUCCCUCAUCUCCCCAGGGCCCUGCUCGUCCCCUCUCACCCCCUCACCCCCCCGCCCGGCCAGCCACAGCCAGACUUCCCCGCCUCCCAGACCCAGCCCUAGUCCUGGACACAGCCACUGGGGGGCCACUGGUGUACAACUCCCCCAUGGGACCCAGAGGGAAGCCACCUCUACCUCCACUCCUAUCCCAGACUCUCGGUCAAGUGGGAGGGAGACCGUGCCACCACAGCCCCAGGCUAAGAAGGCUGCCCCUAAACCAGUAUGGGAAGCACCAGUAUCGGUGCUUCCCAGGAUACCAAAGAUAAAACGGGAGAGUGGUGGGCUAACAAAUGGCAGUGUCAGUAGAGGGGGUAGUAGUAGCUGUGCUAAUGGUAAUGGCUUCCCUGAGGCCUGUGUGAACAGCCUGGGUGGGAACAGGGGUAGGCAGCCAAGGGUGGACCAGCAGCAGCAGGGCAGGACAGAGGGCCAGACCCAGAGACCAGAGCGAGCAGGCUCUUUGUCUGCCUUCUCCAGCUCCUUUUCCUCUUCCUCUGAUUCCCCAGCCAACCCGGCAUUGGCAUCCACGGUGUGCUUCCGGAUCAAUGCCAGUGGGAAUGCGUGGCACGCCCGACAGCUUAGCAACGCCUCAGCAAUGGUUGCCGCUGGCAACAGUCAAGAACCACUGUCCACGGAAGAAGAGGCGGCGAAGAGGAGAAGAGAGGAGCGCAGCAGCAAACAGAGGCCCCCGGCCACCUCACACACACAGGUCAAAGAGGAGGAGGGGGAUAUAUACGACCCCUUCCACCCAACAGGCUCAGACUCCAACGCCUCAGAAAGUGAAGGAGAGAGCCAUGCUGGGGGGAAACCAUCCAUGGCGCACAAGGAAUGUGCCAUCUACCAGGUGAAAGCUGAGGCAAUGGAAAAUAGGGUGUCACUGGAGAGGGAUGAGGGCUCAGGAGAAGUUCUGGAUGUGAAGAGCGAGGCAGACACGGCAAAGCCUUGUCACGGCCCACACAACGCACCCAGGUCUGGGAUGACUGGCACCAGCACACCCCUGUCCCAGAGACAUGUCCCUGGGAAGAGAGAGAGGAAAGAACAAGGGGGCGAGAAUGGGCAGACGGGCAAGAGUAGAGAGCCCCAGAGCCAGAAGACUGAUAAUUUCUCAUCCAUCUCAGCUUCCAGCCACCACGUCAACAAGAUGCUGAAGACCGAGAUCAAGUCAGAGCCCCAGGACAGCCCCCCCAAGUCCCCGUCCUGGUCUAAAUCAAACUCCAGGCCCUCAGGCCAUGGGAGGAAAACAUCCAAAGGUGGGGGGUCUUCCACGGAACGGCGGUCCACCUCAAACAGCCCGGAGGCAGGCAGGAGAAGGGGAGACAAGGCCCCGGAGCAGCAAGGGAGGAAGAGGGGAGACGAGGAGGAUAAGAGAGGAGAAGAGGGGGGUGAGAGAGGGCCCAGGCGUUUAGAAUCGAGGGAGAGGAGACUGCGUUGUUCUCCAUCAGACAGCUCCACUUCUGAGGCCUCUGAGAGAUCUCGCAAGAAGAAGACACGGUCAUGUUCGCUCUCCAAAGACAGGAGGCGCUCCAGGUCGAGGUCGGGGUCUGGCUCCAGCAGCAGAGAGCGGCCCCAGAGUAGGAAGCAGAAGAUGGGGAGCAGGGAGAGGAAUGACAGCAGAGGAAGUGAGAGAGAGAAGGGUCGGCCAUCAAAGACCAAGAAGCGAGGUCGCUCGCAGUCUCGCUCGCGGUCCAGGGAGAGGAGGAAAGACCACUCACGAUCACAACCAUCAUCCUCUGGGUCAAAAAACAGGGUUGAUGUGCGGUCAAAAGACAAGAAGAGGCCGAGGUCCAGGUCGCGGUCCAGAGAGAGGAGAAAAGAAGAGGGGUCGUCACAUGGCACACACAGACCAGGGUCUUUCUCAACCACCUCCUCCAAAGAGCUAGAAGAACAGGAAGAGAAGAAAAGAGAGAAAGCGCUUACUCGGAAAGAGGAGAGAGAGGCUGAAGCAGAGAGAAAAGAGCGAGAGAUCAAACAAGAGAUGCCUUCCUCUUCUUCAGGACUCAAACCUCACUCUCUCCUCUCUGUCUACCAGGUGAAAAAGGAGAGUGACGGCAAUGAAUUUAGAACAGAGAAGCACGCCUCUCUCUCAGCAAAACUGCUCAAGGAGUCGAAGCUGCUCAAAGAAAUCAAAAAAGAGAUACUGCCUGCCUUUGAUAUGUUUGAAGAAUCACUGGAUAGUAAACCAAUCAAGGAAGAAAAACCUCUGUCAAUGUUCAGCGAGUUCAAGGACUUGCAACAGCACAAGGAGAUCAAAAAGGAAAAACCUCCCCCCCUCAUAAACGAGGCGUGCGCCCUCCCCACCUCAGACAUAACCGAACAAAAAGACCAGGUAUUAAAGGAAACCAAGACUGAGCCCAUCUGGCUUGAGCUGCCUCAACAACUGACCUCCAUCACUGCUCCCCCCACAGGCCAACCCAGCCCCAGCUUCUCAACACUCCGCACCAACCCUGUCCCUGCUCCUUCUCAGGCUGCAGUGACUACAGCCUGCCAGCAGGUGGCCCCAUCCCUGCCUCUAGUACCAAAGGCCCUCACAGAGACCCCUCCAUCUGUCCAAACCAUCCCAGUGAAAAAAGAGGUAGAGGAGCAUUCCGACUAUGAACUUGAUGACAUGGACGUGGACAUGAUGCUGGACAGUUUGGACUAUGUGAAGAGUGAGAAAGCAGAGCCAGGAGGAGAGAAAGGGGAGGCUGGGGUUAAAGAGGCGAAGGAGGGCGAAGGGGAGGACGAAGAGGUGAAGACAGUCACGCCAGGUGUUAAAGCCAAACCCUCGGUGAAGAGAGUCACCUGGAACCUACAGGAACCAGAUGGACCACAGCCAGAGAAGACUGGCAGUAAGCUGGCCCUCUACAAACUGAAGCUCAAACAGGAGGGAGCUCGCAGACCUGCCUCCUCCACCCAGGCUUCCAAUCAGGAGGCCGCCUUGGGUGCUACGUCACCACCUGACCCCAAGGUUCAGAGCACCAAGAGGGCCAGUGUGUCUGUAGUGCUCCCCAGUGCGCCCUCCAGCUCCAACAGCCUACCACAAGUAGGGCUCUCCAAACCUGUCCAGGGGGAACCCAAUGAAGCCCCAGGAGAGGAUGAUGCUUCCAGAAACGAUAAUUACAUAAAGAAGCUUCACAUGCAGGAGAGAGCCAUAAAGGAGGUGAAACUGGCAAUCAAGCCCUUCUACCAGAAGAAAGACAUCACGAAGGAAGAGUACAAGGAAAUUGUACGCAAGGCUGUCCAGAAGAUCUGCCACAGUAAGAGUGGAGAGAUCAACCCUGUGAAAGUGGCCAUCCUGGUCAAAGCCUAUGUGGACAAAUACAAACAUGACAGGAAACACAGGAAAGGAGAGGAUGGAGGGAAGACAGAGGAGGCAGAAACUGAUAGAACAAACGAUCCAGAGACCCCAUGAAAUCAUCCACAAGCACUCAGCCAUAUUCAGCCAUUUUCACUAAUUUAAUAAUUUCUGUUAUCUUAUCAUGUCACAGGUUUUUAGGAGACUCAAGCAAGGGCUUAGAGAAAGAGUGGCUCCAAAUUUGAUUUGUCUUUCAUAGUUUUUAGGUGCGAUAAAGUUAUGUUCUGUCCAUAGUAAUUCACAGUUUCACAAAAUCAUAGAAGAGCCGUUUCGUUGAAAGAAGAUGUGCAAGUAACUUUUACUGCACCCAAUGUUGUCUGGCACUUUGAUUACCACUGACUGCCAAGCAUCUGUUUUGAAUUGAAUUUGUUUCCAGGUUCACCCGGGGCCAGACCAUGUAGAUAUACUUUGUUGGUCUAGCUUGGUCUACUCUGUAUGAGGCUAGCACAGAGAUUCUGUCUUAAAGAGACAGCUCUCAGUCAGAUAGCCUUUCAGUCAAGAGAGGCUAAGGGAUAAUGUGAAGCAGCUAUUUCUACUGGCAAAAUGUCUGAAUAGAAGCAGUGGUGGCUUUUUAUUUUGUAUAUUUUGGGUAGUAGAGGGGUAUUUUUAAAAGAAUGCCACAAUGCAGAAAAAUACCAGUAUGCAAUUUUUUUGAAAAGGAGAAACAAUUAUUUCAGAUUUUAGAUUUGGUGUAAAUAUUGAUUUUGAAUGAUCAUUAUGUACGCCCUUCCAGUUGUUAGCAGCCUACCGGAAAUUCACAAAUGUAUAUUGUUUAUGGUCCUGGAUGAAGUUUGUUGUUUUUGUGAAUGUCUCAGUGCUAUGGAACUGUGGAUCCGAUGGAGUGCUGGUUGACCAUACAGUAUGUGGCUCUGCACAUAGUGUCUGUCCUCUUCAGUGGUGCUCAGAUUGUCAACGCUCCUCUGGUCUCUAUUGGCAGAAUACUAACUUGAGAUGAGGGCACACAACUCAGACUUCCUCAAAAAAUCUCCCAUUGAUCAUCAAUGCAUGGUUGUUGAGAAAGUUUGAGUUGUGUGGAUUUUCUCAAGUUUGGACUAGGCCCAAAGUGUCUACUGGUUUUAAUCCUACCUUUUCAUCAGGUUUUGAUUAAGACAGUAAACCAGGUGAGGUGACUGCAUUCAUCAGCUUUAAUUUAUCAAUUGACCAGUCAUUUGCCAAUGAUUAGUGAAAACCAGCAGACACUGGAGUUUAUAUACGUUUUGUGAAUACUGCACCUUCACCUGUUUUUUCUCUUAGUUUAACGUUCAUCUAGAAUCAAUUGGCUAGUCCUGUUGUAUAUUUGUAACAGGCUAACAAGUCAUAAGACAAAGCUUAUCAUGCCUGUCUUGCAGCCUAAUCAAUGUUUUUCCCAUUUCUUCACACAUUCACACUUGGUUAUGAACUCAACUAGUUGCUCACAUUUCUUCUGAAAGACUGUUCAAUUCCAAAAGCUUAUUUUCCAGUUUCAAUAAUGUGCAAUAACCCUUAUUAUUGACACUGGUCGGCCAGAGUUUGUUCUUUGUCACAAACAAACUAGAUUUGUUUUAGUCCUUGCAAAUAUUGGCACACUUGUAGUUGCGAACUUGGAAAUUGUUAAUCAAGUAAUAAUCCAUAAUCCUAGUUAAGGCCAGGAUGUUUUUGAUAACGACAUGACCUGACAAACACUCUUAACGAGGGGCCAAAGGAUUUCCUAGUCAGGUGUCGUGGGUGGGAGAAACCCCUGGCCCUAGUCAUACGGUAUUCAAAUCAUGCCAUUCGUAAUCACUGUUUCUCAUUGGUGGAAGUGGUUCACUUCCUUCCUGCUAAUGAAUACUUCUUACAACUGUACCUGAAAACGGUUGACCUUCUCUACUUAUUUUCAAAGACUCCUAGAUCUCUUCUAAAAGUUUAUUUGUAGAAAGGUGCGUUAAAGUAUAUCCCCCUAUCUUUUCCAUUUUGUCGUUGGCAUGUUCCCAUUCUGUGUGUGUAGUAGAAUGGAUGUGUGUGGACCUGCCUUGGACUGGGCACCUGUCUUGUCCUAUACCUAUAUUCACAUUUCAAAUCGGUCCCUAGAUUAUAUCUGCUUGGCACUUCUGUAGACCUAAAAGGAUUGGAUUGGUGUAUCAGAGGGCCAGAUGGAGUUGCUACCAAAUUGUGUAUACUGUACCUGCAGUAUCUGAUCCUUUCAGAUCUACUUGAAGUGUCUUGGGGUUGAUUGGAAUUGAGCUUACGUACUUUGUUUUUGAGAGGAGUGGGGAAAGGAGGUGCUUGAGUUAAAUGUAUUUUGUUUUUUCUCCUUCAUUACUUGAUCUUAUAGGGCAAGUGCUUCAGAGGGAACACAAAAUGAUAACUAAGUAAAAUAAAAUACAUUUUUGUCCCAAUUUA